AUGGAGUCAUCAGUGAGAUCUCAACAGAAAAGAGCUAUAAGAUCAGUGGAGCUAGUCAUCUUGGAAAAAGAGAAGCAACUGCUUCUAACUUAUAAGCACCAAACAUUCUUUCUAAAUAGAAAAUCUGCCUUUGUAAACCUUGUCAAUAUAGAAAUAAAAAAUGAUAUCAUUCUUGAUUAUUUUAAGGAUCAGAAGAGAUUAAACUAUCUAAAUAUGACAAAGCUUAGGUCAUGUUCAGAGGUGGAAUGACAUCGCUUUAAGGUAUUUUUACCACCAAAGAGGAGAUACAAGAAGUAUAUUAAUUGCCUUUGAAGUCUUAAAGGAACCUCUGUAUUUUGACUUGACUUCAGAUCUGGCAAAUCCAAAAAUUCUUCAGAUUAUGUAAACUUCAGACUUUUUGCUCAGCCUACAUAUUCCUUAAUUCCUUGAAUAACAGGGUAUAUUCAUUUGGAAAAAUUUAGAAUUAGCCAGAAGAAAUUGAUAAGGAUCUUCUGAUUUAUUGAAAACCUUGAAAUAUUUUGACUCGGAUUUUGUCUUCUUGAGCAAAUAACUUCCAAGUUUGCUCUAAACAAAAAACAAAAGAUAGAUAUUUUGAGCUUGCAACAUAAUUUUGGAUAUGACAAUCAAGAGCUAAACAUCUAUGGCCCUGAGAUAAGAUCUAUAUACAACCUAAUCUCCACCACCAGCCUCUCCACCUCCAUCAAUAAAAUCAAAAUGCUCCAAAACAUCCAAAUCCCCCGAUCCCAAGCCCACCUCUACACUCCCUCUGACCCCUCCCUCCUCCACCAAGAAUACAACCUGUCCCACAUAGAGUUCGACUACCCCUCAGAUUCCUAAGUAAUUCUCAUAAUUAUUAAGAAAGUUCAGUUUCAA